UCGAAAGUGUUGUUUCGACAAUCAAGUGUACCUAUACUUUAAUUCAAUAAUCUUUAUAUUUUGAAAAUUAUAUUAUAAUUAAUUUAGAAGCUAUUUCCAACACGGUCCCCUUCUAAGUUUAAACAAAUUGACAAAAUAUUUUUGCGUAAAACAUAUGAUUGCAAAUUUUGUUAUUGUAUUGCCCAUACAAAAUGGCAGUAGGAAGGAAAGACCUGCUUUUGCACAUAAGCUGAUGUAAAAUAUGAAUAAAAUUGUACUUUGGACUGUUUUGUGUGAGUGGACAGUGAAUUAAAAGUAAAUAUGUGGUUAUAGCGUGUAAGAUGGGUUCACAGACGUUAGAGAUAUUGCGCCAAGGUAUUUGGGCAUCUUUGACUGGCGGCUGGUUUUACGACCCACAUCAGAAUUUGUUUUGUAACACGGUGCAUCUCUACAUUUGGCUGUUUCUACUCUGCCUUCCAUUCUCUGUGUACCUAUACUUCCCAGCAGCAAGUGUUGGUUGGCUAGUAUACUGCGCCCUAGUGGCUGUGCUGUUUACAGUUCUCAAGUUGAUCAACCAUGGUCUGCAUCACAUGUAUGAUACAAACGAACUUAUAGUUGUUCCAUCAACGGACGAGGCUGGGAACCCUACUGAGAAUGCUGCUCUACUGACAUCCCGCAGGCCUGAGGAGGGAGUCGAAAUGCAGACUCUAAAUGCAGCGGCGAUUGCACCAAGUGAUAAUGACUCUGUCACAUCUUUAGAGUAUCACAAACCUAAUAAUAGUACUAUAGAUUUAAAAGUGGAUGUCCACCGAAAGAAUAGUUCUGAAUCAAGCAUGGAAGACAGUGCCAUGUCAGCCAAACAAACUGAACCAGUCGCAAUGACUAAAUCAGACUUGUGUGUACAGUCUGCUGAAACCGCGGGACCUUCGAAAUCCCGUCCAACUAGAAACAGAUCGAAGUCCGGUCAUAGAAGGGAACAUAGAACAAAGAAUCGUCGAGGCCACGGCCGUAUUGACGAACUCAUAAUUGAAGAAUCACGUAAUUCAAGAACAGAAAACAAUUUACCAGUACACAUGCUAACUGAUGAAGGACCAUUUGCGAAAGUUAGCCGACGAUAUCAUGAAUGUCCUCAUCGACGAGGAUCUAGCAAUCGAGACUUUUUCAAAGAAUGGCUGUACUUAGAUGGCAAUGAAGCUGCGGGCGAACCAUAUCAGUCUAAGUUUGCAAGACAGCUAAGUUUUGAUUCAAGGGACAAUUCAGAGCCAAGCGUUGGACCGCCUUCUCCGAAAAAAAGGCUAGCUCAACGGCGACGAUACACAAAUUAUCCUGAUGAAAGUUGCACCAAGUCCGCCAUGGCACUUGCAACCGCCCAGUCAUCAAACAUGAGGCGAUAUUCCAACUCAACAAUGUCCACAAUACAGUUACCGCUGUUAAAUUCCACAGCACAACUAGUUUCACAUAUGAGACGGCACUCUAAUAAUGCUGAUACACAGUUUUUCGCGAGUGUAGAAUUAGGUGAAUAUAUGAUGGUUAAAGCGGAAGCUCCAGCUGGUGAGACUGACAAAAAUAAGGGGAAAAGCCCAGGUGUACGCAGAAUCAAAAGUGCCGCGUUGGAAAUCGGUUGUCCUCCUCCAAGUGUCUCAAACCUAUCUCCCCAUCCCAACAGUGCAGAAACAAUUGGUGGUCAAAUGCUCAAAAAUCCUAAAAGUGCCGUAAUUCCACCCCCUAGUAAAUGUUUGACUCGAGGUCCUCACCUUAAUUUAUACCCGAAAAAUGAAAACGGAGAAGGCCCCAGUUACCCAUAUUUGACAUAUGGAUCAGAAAUUGUUUAUCCCAUUGCAGAGAUAUCUGAUGAAAUGCAAACCUCUCAAAAAGAAACUGACUUAGAUUCAAGUGGAGAGAGUUAUAGUGAUUAUGAAGAUGAAAAGCAGUUCCGUGGAUUCGAUUGGGAUGCUGAGCAAUCAUCAGCGAUGCGGUCUAGCGAUUCUGACUACGAAAAUAAUGGUUCACGAUCUCCAUUGCUCGAUAGACCCAAUGACGUACGCGUCGUACGGGCCAAAAAUCAUCAUGAUUGCAAAAAACAUUGUUGUGACAGGAUACAAGUGCUUAAACACAAUCCUGGAUGUCCAAAUGAUAAGAAACCAAUAAGACUGAAAAAAUGCGCCAAGGUAGAGUCACGACAAGAUCGUCAAGGUAACUUAUGUGAAUGUAAAUAUAAUCCAAAUGGUGACUACUUUGAUAAGGCUAGUGCUAGCUCAAAAGAUUUGCUUAUAGAGAAAUCCAGCUUAGAAUCAAACGAUACCGGCGAUCAGUCGGAAAAAAAGACAGACGAAAAGAAACCGGUAGAAAAGAAGGUUUGGGACCAUGACAUAUCUAACUCAAGUAGUAGCAGUGAAGAAAGGCAACAUAAAUUUGAUAAAAAUAACCCACCAGAAACAGAAGAAUCACAACUAACAUGUGACAGUAAGAGUGCAGAUGAAAGAAGUGUGUACAGCUUAGAUUGGCUCUUUGAAGAAGCAUCAGAUAGCAAUCAGGCAUGUUGUGCUGAAGGCAUUGAUCCUGAAGAAAUAAUAUGUCAGAAACUUGCUUUAGUUGAAUCAUCAUCAAAUGUUUCAAAAAACUUGGGCGCUAUACCAAAGCAGAUAAAAAACUUAGCGCGUUCACGGGCUUCCUCACAAAAGGAGAACAAGAAGAAAGAUUCUAGGAAAGAAAAAGAUGACAAUCAAAAUGAAGAAAGAAUACUCAUGGAUGCUGUUGAAGCCCAGGCUGCUUUGGUACAAGGCUUGGAAUGUUUAUUCGCUGCUACGAACGCCAAUACCGUUGUCAUGCCACCACCAAACAGAGACGAGAGAUCACGUAGUCACCGGCAAAGCAUAAGAGGUGAAAGGGAAGGUUCCCAUAAAACUAGAAAAAGGUCUAUAGAGGAAGUUGCACAAACAUCCACAAAUACGUUACUACCUACUUCCAUGCCAUUAUUAGCCGCCUUUCUCAAUUCUAGAGUAGAUUUUAUGCCUUGUUGUGUACCUGAUAAUAAUCCCCCUCAAGCAGAGGCACAACCUGCCGAGGAAGGACCUAGACUUAGGCCGUUAAUGGAUAGAAAUCAUAGGAAUAGAGUUAGAAAAAUCAAACGUUCCACUCGUCAACGAAAUAAUCCAUCGUCACAAUCAGCCGAUAAGAAAGAUAAAACGGCGAGUGUAGAGAAUACAAAUUCUGGCAAUGUUCAUUUUGCCACUUCCUUUGACGACACAACUGAUGGUGCCAUCCAUUGCUUUAUGGAUGAAUAUGGCAACUGGAUGUCAUACACAUUCGAUAAAAAUGGAUCCGGUCGCACUCAAGCGUUACCUAUACCCCUGCCCGAAAAGGAAGAUGUCAGAACCUUCACAGUUAAACCUGUGGACGAUCAUUCACAAGAAACUACUGGUGAAGGAAGCUGUGGUUCUUUGGAAUCGGAGGCGGGAACUAGUGAAAUAACAAAACCAAAACGUGGAGAUAGCGUUGACCAUAGUUCUUCAAAUCAAGGCAGCAAGAAUCCACUUCUCUCCAGUAACAACAACGUAUCAACGAUCGUCCCUAUAAACACGAAUAACGCGAAUAAAAGAUUCUACGUAUUCGAUGGCGGGACUGGAUCCCAUCCAGACCAAGCGCGAUCACCUGUUGCCUAUGUGACUGAUAGUUUAUUGGAACAAAUUGAAGCUGAGAGACAAUCGCGUAUGGGAUUACCCAGUAUGCAUAUAAAUUACCUGAUGAGUCAGCAACGGGCCCAGCAACAAGCGCAACAGCAAGCAGAAACAACGCAAUCAACGCAUAUACCCAGUCUAGUGCAAUCUAUAGGAGACGAUAGCUUAGAAAUCAACAUGAGGAGCAAAUUAUGCAAACUCAUUGACGAACUGGAGAAAAACAAUAAACCGAAAACGAAAAGUUAUUACAAGUUCAAACUAGCCAAAUAUUUAGAGAUAAAAGUUACAAUGGAUCGACUGAAAUUGAUGGCACUUUUUGAUAGAAACUUGACGUUUAGAGAAACGUUUGUAUCGAUAAUGCUUGCGAUCGCAGUGGCCGUCUUGGGCUCGAUGGUUUUGAACCUUGGAUUUUACAGGGAUAUCUACGCGUUUUGGUUCUGUUUCAUCAUGGCUGGGAGUCAGUAUUCUUUACUUAAAAGCGUACAACCUGACUCAGCAUCGCCUGUUCACGGGUUUAAUAAAAUGGUGGUAUUUUCUCGACCGGUGUAUUUCUGUUUAUGUACUGCGAUACUGGUUGCAGUGAGUAGUCAUCUACAGCAGUUACCUGACGCUGACAACGCACACACGCGAAGUAAACGAAGCUUAGACGAAACGAAACCGUUAAAUAUAUACGGUAUAAAUAUUAACGAGAGAGACUGCCUAUAUAUAAUUCAAGAAAUCCUAUCAAAGUUCCUAUUAUUUUUUCCUCUAGCUUUUAGUUUGGGCUUAUUUCCCCAAGUGAAUACUUUUCUUAUGUACUUAUUAGAACAAAUUGAUAUGCAUAUAUUUGGUGGUAACGCGACGAGCAGUUUGAGCGCUGCAGUGUACUGCGUAGUCAGGUCUUUGGCCGCUAUAGGAACACUAUACGGUUUCGCAUACAGCGGAUUGAUCGAAGGAAAGAAAUCGCAGCACCAAAAGCAUAAUAUACUUAUUUCAAUUUUCUGCGGCCUACUUGUACCUAUAGCAUAUCAUUUGAGUCGAAGCGCCAGCGACUACACCUUAAUAUGGAAUUUAAUUAAGAAACAUCUUUUGCCACCGGAGUUAUAUAUCGUGCAUAAUGCUGAAUGCUCGCCAGAUUUAGGAAAAACAGAGCCUAAUACGCUAUCGGAGAAUAAAAAUAAUAAUUCUGAAAGCAACAUAUCUAAGCAGAACUCCAUCGGCAGUUCCGCGUCUAAAAUCAAUUUUAGUUCUGAAACGAACAUAUCUAAAACGCAGAAAAGGUCUCAGGCAUCAAGUGUAAGCUCUCUAAAAAUGGAUCCAAAAGGAGACACGACAAAUUCUACUACUUCUCUCAAAGUGGACCCGCCUACUGAAAAUGACGACAAAACUCGUGAUACAAAUACCUUGAAUUCUAAUAUAAAUAAGACUGAGGGUGAUAAAACGGAAGAAGAUAUGGAAGAUCCUUUGCCGAAGAAAUUGCAGGAGACGGUUAACGCGAGGUUGAAGAAUGACGUCAUAGUUUGCACGUUCCUUGGACUCUUAGUAUUUGGUCUGCACUGCACAACCGUCUUUACAACACUGAAGCCACAGCUGAACACUGUACUCUGGAUAAUCGCAGGCAUCCUAGGCUGGAUCCUGCACUACCUGAUACCACAGUUGCGCAAACAACAGCCGUGGCUGUGCCUCGCCGCUCCUGUGUUGAAGCAACAUGAGCACGCGCAGUUCGAAGUUACGGAACCAGCUCGGCUUAUGAUCUUUGAAAAGAUAUACGUAUACCUAUGUUUCCUGGAACGCAACGUGCUGUUCCCGGCGGUGGUGAUAGCGGCGAUCACGCAGGACGCGCCCGCAAUUGCGGCGAAGUAUGGCGACACGUUCGGUGCGCUCAUUAUAUGCGUGUGCGCACUCAAGUGUCUCCGAAACGCAUACUCCGAUCCGGACAGUCAAUACUUAAUCAUAGUGUUCGCUGUACUACUGUUCCAACGGGAUCUGAGCAGUCGCAAGAUAUCCGAAACGUUCCUAGUUGAUUACUUCCUUAUGGCAAUUAUAUUUAACAAGGUCUAUGAGUUCUUGUUGAAGGUCCAAUUCGUGGUGACAUACAUAGCCCCGUGGCAGAUAACUUGGGGGAGUGCUUUCCAUGCGUUUGCGCAACCCUUCAGCGUCCCACAUUCUGCUAUGCUGUUCCUGCAGGCAGCCUUAUCUGCUCUGUUGUCUUCGCCGCUGACUCCAGCACUGGGUAGUGCAAUAUUCAUGACGUCAUACGUGAGGCCCGUGAAAUUCUGGGAGAGAGAUUACAACACUAAGCGGGUGGACCAGAGUAAUACCAGACUAUCUUCGCAAUUGGAGAGAAAUCUCGGAGCCGAUGACAACAACUUGAACUCCAUCUUCUACGAGCAUCUAACUCGCUCGUUGCAACAUUACCUGUGCGGGGAUCUGAUGCUGGGCCGUUGGGGCAUUGUGCAGCAGGGGGACUGUUUUGAGUUGUUGUGUGUUGUGUGUUGCGCGAGGGCAGAGGGCGCGUGCGGCGCGUGGUCGCUGGGCGGGCGCGUGCUGGCGCCGGGCGCGUGGUGGGCGCUGCGCUGGCUCGCGUGGCAGCUCGCCGCCGCGCGCUACGUGCUCGAGGGCUACUCCGUCAGCGACAACAGCGCCGUCUCCAUGCUGCAGGCCUUCGACUUCCGGAAGGUGCUGCUCACCUAUUACGUCAAGAGCAUCAUCUACUACACGAUUCAGUCGAGCAAAUUAGAGGAGUGGUUGUCAUCGCCGGAAUUAAUGGAUGCCCUAAAGCCUAUGAAUGAGAGGUCGUUUGUCGAUUUAGAUCCAAUAUUUAACGUCAAUCUGGAUGAAGACUAUGAUUUUCGAGCUUCGGGUAUUACUAGGAGUAGAUUCUGCGCAGUGUACCAAGAGUGGAUAGCGCACUGUCGCGCUCGAAGGGGGGGAGGCUGGAGGAGGGAUCCCCCCCUACUCACUCUGUGCUUCGCGCUCAGCCUACUGGGGAGGAGAGCUUUGGCUGCUGCACAGCAUCUAUCGGCUUCCAGCGUGGAAUUCUUCCUGUACGGCCUCCACUCGCUGUUCAAAGGCGACUUCCGCAUCACGUGCGCCCGCGACGAGUGGGUGUUCUCGGACGUGUCGCUGCUGCACUCCGUGCUGGCGCCGGCCAUACGGAUGGCGCUCAAGUUGCAUCAGGACCACUUCAUGUUCCCGGAGGAGUACUGCAGCAGCGCGGCGCUGUACGCGGCGAUCGCGGCGCACUCGCAGCGGCUCGUCAUCUGCCACGAGGCGGCGCCCGCCUGGCGCCACAACGUGCUGCGCGGCGCGCCGCACCUGCUCGCGCUCAGGCACGUAAUGGACGAAGGCAACGACGAUUACAAGAUAAUAAUGCUCAACAAGCGGCACUUGGGUUUCCGCGUGAUCAAACUGAACCGCGAGUGCGUGCGCGGCCUGUGGGCGGGGCAGCAGCAGGAGUUGGUGUACCUGAGGAACAGGAACCCGGAGAGGGGGUCCAUACAGAACGCGAAACAGGCGCUGCGCAACAUAAUAAACUCGUCGUGCGACCAGCCGAUCGGCUACCCGAUCUACGUGUCGCCGCUGACCACCUCGUACGCGGACACGUCGGCGCAGCUGUGCGAGCUGCUCGGCGGCCCGCUCACCGCCGCCGCGCUGCGCGCCCGCCUCGCCUCGCUGUGGCGCCGCAUCCGGCGGCGCUGCGGCGAGGGCUGCUCGAGCGGCGCGUGCGAGGCGCCGGCGGCGGAGCGCGGCGAGGCGCGCGCGGGCGGCGCGGGCGGCGCGGGCGGCGCGGCGCCGCCGCAGCCCGCGCGCCCCACACUCGCCGGUACUAGAGGCAGUCUAUCCAGCGCGGGAAAGCAAACUUCGUCCACGCUAGCGUCCCUCGCCGGCCUGCUUCGAGAACAUUCGCACGAACGUACACAGGAGGAGCCCGUGUACGCAAAUCAAAGUCAAGAAAAUGAAACGAGGCGACGCAGCGAAGAGAGAACUGCGCGUCGCGAGCGACACAUGCGUGCGCGCACGCAGCCGGGGAACAGAGCGGGCGGGCGGCGCUCGCGCGGGCUGCCGGCCUCGUUCCGCCUGCUGGCCGCGUCCGACGGCGCGCGCCUCGCCGCGCCGCACGACGAGCGGCACGACGAACAGGGCUCGGCUGGAGGUUGGGAAUAUGGAUGGUGUGAACAACCUCGAAGGGCCGCCAGUGCUAAGGUGUCGUCGAACCAGCCGCAGAGCGGGCCCUCGUCGCUGGAGGACGUGCGCAGCGGGCUCGACGUGUCGCUGCCCGACUGCAAGAUCAUCGCCAACAGGAACGCAAGGCAAGACGCACUCUUCAAAAGGUAUUUCAUCAAUGAGGGAACCUCGAAGGACCUAUCCAAAAUAAGCAAAGAGAUCCGCCACGAACGGGAAAGCUACCGCGAACUAACCGGCCGGUACAUCGAGAAACCCGAGUCAAUACCGCUAAAAGAAACUCACUAUACCGACUUAUCCAAUAAAGAAUCCAUGCUGAAGAAGGAAGCCAAAAAGGACUCUAAAAACAAGGAGAUAAAGACGAAAAUCAAACGCUCGGAUUCCGGGAAGAGUGACGCGAAAGUGAACAUUUGUGUGGGCAGCAAAGUGUUGAUACUGGAACCUCUGGGAGUGUACGAUUGUAUUAAUUUGGGGAGGAGGAUAGAUGUGCUGUGGCCCUCGGAGUACCAGCGCGAGAGGGGAGGGAGGAACUCCUGGGGGAGUUGGGUGCCUCAGGCGGGAAUGGACGGUUUGGUGGUCCACAAAUGGACGCCUAACCAUAGGGAUCCAAAGCUAAGAUCUCACGUCGACAAAAGUAUACUGCUCGUUCAGAUCGAAGAUAGGUUCGUACCAAUAGCUGAGCACUGCGUACAAGACCUGGGCGAUGAAGUUUGAACUCUAUAUCUUUGGAUAUGAGGUCCAAAAUUUAUGAAAUACAGUGUGGUGGUGGAAAUUGUAACUUAUCUACAUGGAGUAAGGACGAAUUUAGAAUGACAGUUUUGUUAUGGUGUAAACAAUGUUCGGUCCAAGUUGAUAUGCGAAUUUGAACUUACAGGAAAUGUAGUAUGGAUGAAAAUGGUUUAAUUGGGAAUGUUGGUGAAAAUUAAUGUUUUAAAGUUUUUAGUGAUAUUCUUUAAGUGAAUGAGGAAGGUCUUAUGAGGAAGGUCUUAUAAUGUUUUUUUUUUAGUUUUUUUAUUGUAACAUUUGUUUUUUUUAUAAAUGAUUGAUUCGAGAAAGUUCAUGUUGUUCGUUUCUAGAUCACAAACUAAUUUUAGUUGAUUUCAGUUUAUAAUAUACAUGUAAUAUAAUAUUAUCGAUAGUCUAAGCCUGUAUAUAUUAUGUACUUAUGUUAAAUUCUCUGUACAUAUUGUAUAUAAUGUAAAGAUUAUGUUUGUGUUAUACGUUAUAAGUAUUCUAAUAUUAGUGAAAAUUGUCUCGUAUUGUAUUUGAGCUAUGAAUAUUUUUGAUGUAAAUGGUCUCAUAGUUAUUUGCGUAUUCUAUGAAAAUCUAAAUCAUGAAAAUAAAGUGAAAUUUUUAGUAUACAUGUUAGAUAGAAAGGUUAUUAUUCAUCUUAAUAUUGAAAUAUACAUUUUUUUCAUUUUUCAAAUGGUUUUAGUUACAUAUGCAUUUUACAUCUGUUUUUCUGUGAAAUGUUAACUAUUUAUCUACAACAGAGUGUCUUAGCUUCAUAAGGGUUCGAAAAAAUACCCAUUUUUUUGCGUUUUUGAUGAUUUUUGACACCCAAAUUAUGGUUAUAUGUCGUGGGAUUUAAUUUUCUUUCAAAUGUAUUCUAGUUAUUGAGGAAAUUUACAUAACGUUCUUGUGUGAAUGCAGGAUACCUUAGACCCCACUCCCCCCCCAACCUCAUGAACUUUUUACUAACCUCUCUCCCGCGCUUGUUGGUAAUUAUCAAUCCUUUACUUUUAAAAGCAGGUGUGAAGUGCAUAUAAUUUGUACAUAUGAUAUAAUAUAUAUGUCUAAAAUGUAACUACAUAGUUGAUAUGCUCCGUGCGGCGGACGUUGAUUUUUUCGAAUUUAUAAAUUAUUGCAAGUUGAUCGUUGAAAUGUGAUUUUAAAGUAGUGGCGCGUUUUUACGCACAAAUAUACCGCGGUGGCUCGAGAUGUCGGGAGUUCUUAAAUAAACGACUUGGUUGUGUUGUCUGUUGUUCAUUUAAAAAUAUAUAUUUUUUUUUAUAAAAUUACAAUUGACAUCGUAUGAAGUUCUGGUGUUAUAUACAUUCAUUUUUGGGUAUAAUAGGAAUGUAAUAAUAACUUCGAUAAGUUACUAUAAUCAAUUUUAAGUCCGUGAACGACUCUGUUGUUUCUUAAAUAAAUAAUCGCUGCUCUCUCCUUUCUUCUUUUAAAGUAUCUAUACUAGUACAUGAUUAUUUCUUGUCGAUUAAAAAAAAAAUAAAGUAAUAGUAAAUUUUCCAACCGUUUUUAUUUUCUUUCUUCAUGUUUUUACUUUUUAUUAUUGUUUUUUUCUAUUUAAAAUAGAAGAACCCAGCUGAAAACUUCUAAACCACAUUCUAACAAUACUAUUUUAUAUAAUUUUUAUUUACUGUAUAAUCUUAAAGUAUUCAACUGAAUUACUGAAACAUGCUUUCAUGAAACAUUAAAGAUGCUAACUUUUUAUUUAAAGAAGAAGAAGAAAGAAGAAAUAAAUAUUUUCAAUUAAUUGAACAACAGACAUGAUAUAUCAAUCUCACUAGUUUAUAAUUUACAAUGUCAUUGGAAACGCCUCAUUUCUAUAAAACAUUUAAAUGUUGAAUUUAAUCAAUUUGCAUAUCAUGAAAAGUGUAUAAUAUAAUAAAUAUAUAUGAAUCGUUUUAAUAAAUAAUUGAGGAAUUUUAUUGCGUUGAUCAGUAUUUGUUUCUCGAAACUUUACGGUUAGAAACCCUACGGUGUGCGAUCUCUGCAGUUGCCUUAUUUAAGACUAAUUUUUAUAAUCUAGGUCAUUAUUAUAAUUAUGUAUUCGUAAAGCCAUAGAAAAUGGACUUAUUGAGUGCGAAAGGGACGGAACGAUCGUGCGACUAGUAUUCGUCCCUUUCUAUUGCAUAGUUUUUGUUUCUGCGUCUUUUCAAGGCCUAGAAAUUUUUUUUUUUAUAUUGCGGUCUAGGUAUUUUUUAGUGAUGAAGUCCAUUUUGUAUGCCUAUAAUGUUGGGGUCUUUAAUGAUGUGCUGUCCUAUUAAAAGUCAUGGAUUUUUACCAUAUUUCGAAAAGGAGGGUAGUUUGUAUUUCAAUAUAAACAGUUGUCGAACAAAAUUCGCCGAUUGUUAGGAAUGAUAACAAUUGAUAUUUUAGUUAUGUCCCAAUUUGAUUAUAUUUUUCAAAGAUUUCGUUUAAUAAGAAGGCACAAUCCGUCCACAAAGAUGUGUUUUCUAACGGAGAUAUAUGUGUAUGUGGCUAUCUCUUUCGUACACCCACGAAGGAAAGAGACGGACGAGCAAAUACCUCCGCGGAUAUCCAAACACACGGACAGUACUGGUGAUGUGUAUUAUAUGUAUAUUAUAAUGUUAAGUUUAAUUGCACAAUAAUUGUUAAAUGUACUGUACGUUGGUAAAACUCUUAUUAAAUAUUGUCCCGAGAUUAAUCCCAUACUAGGCAAUAUUUCAUUAAGCUAGCAAUAACUCCAGAAUUACCAGUUAUGUCACUUUUUUUAAUUUAUAGAUUUGUGUAUAAAUAUAAAAUUUCUGUUUAUUUAAAAAUCAAUUACCGAAUAGAAAAUAAUUUUAACUAUCCCUCUAAGAUGUUUUUAGAAACUUUACUGGUUGUGUAAACUUAAUAAAUCACCUUUCUACAUCUCUGUACCUAAAUGUCUUAUAAAUUAUGAAAUAAAUAAUCUAUAGAUUAAAAAAAGUAACGAAACUCGUACUUAGUGAAUCCAAUUUGAGUACUGCCAUAACGCUAUGCGAAUAGCUUCAGCAUAACCUAUGAUAAUAAUUAAUACACGUGAUUGUAUGUAUGUAUAUUAUGCCAAAGUAAUCUUGAUCAGUUGUUGAGACUCAUAGAACUGUAUCAAUGUCGGAUUCAGAAAUAAAGUGAUAAAGAUA